UGUGAACCUUAUAUAUAGUAUUCCGGUUUCAAGAUAUAUAUAUAUAUAUAUAUAUAUAUAUAUCCAUGACUGGACUCUUUUCUAGACUUCAUUAAUGCUUUGAUCAAAAAGUGGUUGGCUUGUGAUUUCUUGAACUCAUGCUUGCUUUGUUAAUUGUCUUUUGAUGAUUCUGUUGCUCAAAUUUAUUCUGAUUUUUGUCCUGGUCAUCCUUCUUCCAGUAAAAUGGAUUUUUUCUCUAGGAAUACAAGUGAUGACUCUUCAGGUUUCCAGCAAGACAUUGCUAGAUGCCCAUUUUUGACGAAUAUCAAUGAGCCAACUAAUUUUUCCUUCUCAAGCCCCAUUGGUUUGCCCAUUCCAGUACGUGGAGGAAAAGGUCCUAUCUUCGAGGAUGGUCCUAACUUUGACAUGGCAUUCCGGCUUUUCCAUGGCCAGAAUGGUGCUGUCCCACUUUCUGGGAGGCUUUCCAUUACGAAUGAGAAACCAGAUCCUGAAUCUGUAGCUCGUCAUUUCAACCCUUUGGUGGCAAAGGCAGCUACCAUAAGUCUCUCAUCUUUUGGAUUUGGAGGACCAUUUGGUUUUGAUUCAUUCUCUGAGAAGUGGAAGAAUCAAAAGAAGAAGUCUGAGUCAUCCAAAAGACAGGGAGGAGAUUCAGAACAUGAAGCACUAAGCAAUGAGUGGUUGCAGAAUGGGAAUUGUCCUAUUGCGAAGUCGUACCGUGCUGUAAGUACUGUCCUUCCUCUUGUAGCAAAGGUUUUUCAGCCCCCUCCUGGUGUGAAACUCAAGUGUCCCCCUGCUAUAGUAGCUGCCCGAGCUGCUCUAUCACGGACAGCCUUUGCGAAAAACUUGCGACCACAACCUCUGCCUGCAAAGAUAUUAGUGAUUGGUGUUUUGGGCAUGGCAGCAAAUAUUCCUUUAGGUGUAUGGAGAGAACACACUGAAAAAUUUUCACCAUCUUGGUUUGCAGCUGUACAUGCAGCUGUGCCAUUCAUAGCCAUUCUGAGGAAGUCCAUUUUGAUGCCUAAAGCGGCUAUGGCGUUUACCAUUGGAGCAUCUGUUCUGGGGCAAGUGAUAGGCUCAAGGGCAGAACGACUUCGGCUCAAAACAGUUGCAGCUAGGGAACUGGUUCCUACUGAAAACUCUACUCCAGGACACAUCCAUCUAGUCGUUGAUGGAGCUAGAGGGGGAUACUGCAACGAGAUUGUUGCUUCGAACAAGGUUCCUCUGCAUGCCGGUUUCCUUUCACCAGCUAGUGUAGUUAGCUGAUGCUUGGCAUCUAUAAUGUUGUAUUCAUUAACCUAAUGCAGGAUGUGUGCCUGCAUCUAUUCUUUGCAUUUGUUGUAGUCCAUGGGCAAAGUUGAGCCUUAGAGAGAAAAGUGUGAGGAUGAACAUUAUUCUUGUUUGGUGAGAGUUUGUAUAUUUGUGAAGUACAAAUAAUAUUUGUCUGUUUCAUGUGCCAAAAUACACCAAAGUGAUUUUCUUUUUAUGA